GGAUGGCUCCCCAGACGACAAGCUUGACAAAGGACAACCAAUGGGAGUGAAUUGUCCUCAUGUGGCUCAUCCGUAGGUCCCAAAUCUUUAUUAUCUAGUAGCCUUGGAGGUGGAAUAGAGGAAAAGAUGGAGGUUGAUUCACCCAUGCUUUUGCCCUCUUUGGCUUCCUUGCCUUCCACCUCCUCUGUCACCAUCACCAAAGCCUCUGCAUCACAGCUAAGAUCUUCACACUCACCAUCAUCAUCGCCUCCUCCUCCUCCACCCCCUCCUCCGCCAUCAUCGUCAUCAGCUGUAUCUACGCACUCGUCUGUAGUAUUUACUUCUGUCAGCACUUCUUCAUCGUCCACCUCACAUGAUGUUAUGUCUAAUAUCAAUAAUGGUUUGUUAGGCCCUGACAUGAUGCCUACUAUUCCAUUAGUUCCUGUCCAAGUCCCCACUGGGCGAGGUGGAGUUGUAACCAUUCCCAAAGCUCGGGGUCGUCCAAAAGGAAUGCCAUUUUAUACGCCCAGAGGUGGUUUUCAGAUUAGGAAAGGAAUGAAGUUCAAAAGAAUUGGAAUGCGAGGAAGGGGUGGGCGUCGACUUGUUCACAGUAUGUCAUUAGAGGAAAGAGGUGCUAUUGGUGGAGAUGAUUCACCAUUGCCCCUUGAUGAAGAGGCAUAUGCCCAAGAUGACAUGAUUAUUACUCCAUCUUAUCAAGAAAAAUGGCCGGGACGUUUUUGUGCAUUGUGCAACCUGGGGGAACAAAGCCAGCUUGGUCAGGGUGACCUGAUAAGGCAUGAACCAACCCCAGGGUUUGUGCUUCCGGAGAAGUUUGAAGUAGCAGAAACAGAAAUAGAGGAGUGUCCUUCAAAGAAGUUUAAGCUUAAUCACCCAACACAUCCUACUUUCUUAAAAGACAAAGGAAAAUCACCCCGAAAGCAAAUUGGAGAUCUGAUAUUGCCAGAACCAGUAGAUGAGAUAUCGCUGGUUGGUCAUCAGGAGCAGCCCUCUGUUGGUUAUUUGUUUGAGUCUGGAGGUCAUUGCUUGGUACAUUAUAUGUGUGCUUUAUGGUCAGCAAAUGUAGAAUUAACCAGUGAUGACAUUAUAAACAAAGUGGAUGUAGCAGUUGUUACUGGUGCCAGCCAGAGGUGUGCAUAUUGUAAGAAAUUUGGAGCAACUAUUCCAUGCAAGGUACCAGGAUGUCCCAAGUUCUAUCAUUUUCCAUGUGCUAUGUAUGAUGGUGCACCCAUGGAUCUAAAGAGUGUUGCAAUGGUGUGUCCUUCCCACGCUGACCGAAGCAGAGAUAUCUUAAUGGAUAUGGCAUGCAUAAUUUGUGAACAUUCAUCACCUGAAAGUUCGCUAAUUUUCUGCUCAAAUUGUGGCAACCAUUAUCAUGGCAUGUGUCUUAAGCCACCACUAACAGCUGUGCCAGCAGUGAGAACUGGCUGGCAGUGUCCACAUUGCAAGAUGUGUCAGUUCGGCGUCAUCGCAAAAUUCAAUGAUGUCACUGCGUGUACCAGUCAAACGUUGGAGGAUACGGGACUUGUGACUGAUCCUCGUGCCAAGAGGAGAAGAGUAAAUUCUUCUUCAUCUUCGAGCCAGGACCAUCACAUCCCUUUCAGCAACAAAGUGAAGAAGGCAGUGGCUGGAGAUUAUCCCAAAUUAACACCAAGACUACCCUUGAUAUACUCUUUGAGAACUUCCAAUAUGACUAUCAUAAAGCAGCUUAACCAGAGCUAUAUUAUAUUUUCUAGGUAUCACAUGCCAAUGUCACAAGUAUUCUACUAUCAAAUGUGCUGCACAGACACUAAGUCUCAUUUGGGAAAGUUAAGUUUUUGA